AAAUAAAACCUGUUGCUGAGAAAUAGGUAGAACUCAUCCAGUGACGUCAUUCCCUGUCACACAACCUCAGAGACGGUGACUAUGACAACUGACCACACAUUGCAGUGUUUGACUUGGGGUUGAGAAGAGCGUGAGAAAGACAGAAAGGGGGAACGUUAACUCUUUCUCAGCAGCAUCACUUUUAGUUUCAAAUGGCCCUGUGGUGAACCAAGGUAGAGCUGUGUACAUCCUCAUGCAUGUGUACGUGUGCAGACAUGAAGAUCUGUAUGAAUUUGUGCAGAUAUUAUUUUGGUGCUUCAGUGUGGGAACAUGAUUUGUAGUUAUGUCUGCUUGUAAAGUAAGACAUCUGACCAGCUAUAAGUAGAAAUGUUCAGUCUGCAACACACAAGUCCUAAAGCUGAACAAUGGAGGAAUCUGCAUACAGUCUAUCUGCACUUGUCAUAUCCUUUCUGCCUCUGUCUGAAUUUUGCUGCUCCCCAGCUUCCUGUGGUAAAGGCUUCUUCUUCCUCUUCUUCAUCUUCCUUGUCUCAGUGUUACCAUAGCUCUGACUGGAGUCUGGAGGAGUCAACAGGUCAUACUGACUAGGCUCAUAACAUCUUAAGAUAUGGGGAAAACGUGCGUAGCAAUGGCGUUGGGGGCGGUAGCAAUGGCGUUGACCCUGGCGUUGACCCUGGGUCUUUACUUUGGACGGAUAUUUACCAUGAACCCGGACCCACAGAUGAAUCCUUUCCCACUGGACAUGGCCCCUACAUCUAUUGAUGAUCAAUACGUUGGCUGCAGAGCGAACAUCAGCAUUCAGGUGAACACAGACUACCUCCCACGUGAGAAGAAAACCAGUACAAACUUCAAUAAUGCCUGGAAGGAAGCAGAAGCAGAAGCCAAACCGUCUAUCCAUGGUCUGCAAAAGGAACACUCCAUAGCUAUAUAUGUGUACACAAAUGAAGAGCCUAAGAUCUACCCGGACUUCAACAGAGAAGUUAGAAAUGGUAGAUCUAAUUAUGGGACAACAUUCCAGUACCAUUCCCUGCACUUCUAUCUAACUGAAGCCAUUCAGAUUCUCAAACAAAGGCAAACAACAUGUUGGACCACCUACCGUAGAACCGAUGUGUAUUUUGAUCAGGAUGUUGUCAACAAAGCUAUCCGUUUCGGCACCUUCACCUCGAGCACUUUAAACAAGACAAUAGGCAGAGAUUCAUUUGGAGCGACGUCCUGCUUUGAGAUCACCACAUGUUUUGGAGCUGACAUAUCACAUUACUCUGUAUUUACAGGAGAGAGAGAAGUCUUAAUUCCUCCCUAUGAGGUAUUCACAGUGAGCAACAUCCAGAAGAAGUCACCAGAGAAUAACCUGUGGUGUGAAGUCGUCUACACAUUAGUGAGCACUGGAAAUCAGAGUGACUUGAAUUGCAAGUUGCAAAAUGGAGUAAAAAUCUAACCUGUGAAGCAGCUUUUCUGCAUUCAUCAGGAAAAGGCUACAUAACGAUCUAUAAUAUGUUGAUAAUUACUGUAUAUCACUGAUCAUUCCCACACCAAUGUACGAUUAAGUCAUCUGUAAAAAUAUAUAUAUUUUUUACAUUCCUUCUUUCAGUUGUAAUGAUCCUGUUAAAGACUGUUUAACCCUUAUUGCUGCCUCAGAUUAAGAACAAGUUAUAAAAAAGUAUUAUUUGCCGACAUUGAAUCAAAUUGUAAUUUGUGAUUUGUUGACAUUUGUUAGCAUGUGCACUGUGUUUGUUUAUAUUCACCAUUAUGUUACUGAUUCCCUCCACCAAUAGUGUUUAUAUUCACCAUUAUGUUACUGAUUCCCCCUCCAUCAAUAUCGUGUUUAUAUUCACCAUUAUGUUACUGAUUCCCCCUCCAUCAAUAUAGUGUUUAUAUUCACCAUUA